GUAUUCUGUUCAUAAGACAAAAUGGCGUCUGUGGCAGAGCCCCUCACUUUGGAGAAAGAUAUCAACAGAGCGAUUGAACUUCUGGAUGUAUUGCAAAGGAGUGGGGAGUUCCCUGCACAGAAGCUGGUGGCUCUACAGAAGAUUCUUCAGAGUGAUUUCCUGACAGCCGUCAGGGAGGUGUACGAGAAUGUGUACGAGACAGUCGACAUGUCUGGCAGUCCAGAGAUCAGGGCUAAUGCUACAGCUAAGGCAACUGUAGCUGCGUUUGCCGCUAGUGAGGGUCACGCUCACCCCAGGGUCGUGCUUCUCCCCAAGACAGAGGAGGGCUUGGGCUUCAAUGUGAUGGGGGGCAAGGAGCAGAACUCGCCCAUCUACAUCUCACGCAUCAUUCCAGGGGGUGUGGCAGACAGGCACCAGGGGCUCAAGCGUGGCGAUCAGCUGCUCUCGGUCAAUGGAGUGAGUGUGGAGGGAGAGCACCACGAGAAGGCCGUGGAACUCUUGAAGGAAGCUUCAGGUACUGUGAGUCUGGUUGUACGCUACACCCCACGAGUGCUGGAUGAAAUGGAGGCCAGGUUUGACAAGCAGCGUGCAAGACGACGACAGACUCCUUGAAAACACCAGCAUCCAGCGCCUUGUACAUCAGUGAUAGUAGCCAUUGUGUAGGAUCAUUGUGUUGUAUCUGUAUAUCCCGCACCACAUCAAGCAAUGAAAUUGUAGACAAGUUGUAUAUAUCAGCCAUAUGUAUAAUCGUAUUCAAAUAUGUGUCGUACUGCUGAUCAAAAGAUAAGAAACAGCCAAUAUGGCCAAUUAUAGUUUAGUGUUAAUUUGUAGACACAUUAAGCCUGGAACAUGACACCGGAUGUUUAAUACUAAAAAGGUGUUGGUACAAGCCAGGGAGACUGAAAACAGUGGAGAUUGCAAAGAAAACUGUAUGUAACCCAAGGUUUUCAAUAAAUGGUUUAUUGUAAUUUAGGAUUGCCUUUGGUAUUGUCCCAAGCAAGAAGACAUUACAAAAGUUAUCAGCUUUCCCUUUCAAUCGAUGUGUGGAGCAGUUUGUCAGUUCUGCUGGAUAUAAUGUUCGUCUUAUUUGAAACUGAAAUUUUUAUGUGUCUACAUAGAUUUUGGAUACCCAAGACUUCAUCAGCAUAUAUAUUCUUUUUCAAUUUGCAGCUUUUUUAUGCAAUAAAGACAUUGUGACCGUC